UCGUGCCAAGUUUUUAUGGCUCGAAGCGUGGCAUAUGUCAUACUGAUGAAACAGUUGGUAAGAGCUGUGAGACCACUAGUACUCUUACAAACAUACAGCUGUAAAUAUAUUCCGCACCGACAAGUUUUCAGGAAUUUUUGCUCCAGCGGUGUACGUUCUACAGGAUCAUCGACUAACUGGGGCUCCAAUAAGAGGAAGUCAUACAGUCAUCCACCGAGGAGUGAAUUUGUCAUGUCGGACCCCGAAAUUGAAGCUCUGCUAGCUCCAUUGAGAGCGUCAGUGAAGGAACAGGGGGACCUGGUACGUAAACUAAAGUCGGAGAAAGCCCCGGAUGUAGACGUCCAGAAAGCUGUAGCUGAGUUGAAACAUAGGAAGCAAGCCUUGGAGGCUAAGGAACUGGCAUUGUCUCCAAAAGAUGACUUUGACAGGGCCAAAUUGGAAGAUUUACUCAUACAGAAGUUUUUCUUCGACCAGUCCUUCUCGAUAUAUGGAGGUGUAAAUGGCCUGUACGACUUUGGUCCCAUGGGAUGUGCUGUUAAGGCAAAUCUCAUCCAGUUAUGGAGGAACUUCUUUGUGCUGGAAGAACAAAUGCUGGAGGUGGACUGCUCCGUGCUGACUCCAGAAACAGUCCUCAAAGCAUCCGGCCACGUGGAGAGAUUCCAGGAUCACAUGGUGAAGGACCUGAAGAGUGGGGCUUGUUUCCGUGCCGACCACUUAGUGGAAGGUUUCUUUGAGAAGGUGUUGAGUGACAAGAAAAUGGCAGCAGAGAAGAAAGAGGAGAUCCGACAGAUUAUGCCUAAAAUAGAGGCUAUGACCAAAGAGGAGCUUGGCGUGUUGAUACGCAAGUAUGAGAUGAAGUCCCCUGUGACAGGGAAUGAUGUCAGUGACCCCAUGGAGUUCAACCUCAUGUUUGGCACAUCUAUAGGGCCCACUGGUCAGAUGAAAGGAUUCCUUCGACCAGAAACUGCUCAGGGUAUUUUUGUAAACUUCAAACGCUUGCUGCAGUUUAAUCAGGGAAAAUUACCAUUUGCAGCAGCUCAAAUUGGUAAUGCCUUCAGAAACGAAAUCUCACCAAGAUCAGGUCUUCUACGAGUAAGAGAAUUUACGAUGGCAGAAAUUGAGCAUUUCUGUGACCCUGAGUUGAAGUCAACUCAUCCGAAGUUUGAUACGGUGGCUGAUCUAGAGUUGACUCUGUACACAGCCUGUAACCAGAUGGAUGGCAAGGCACCAGAAAGGAAGAAGAUUGGUGAUGCUGUGAAGGAGAAACUGAUCUCCAACGAGACAUUGGGCUACUUUAUCGGGCGGAUAUACCUAUUUAUGAUAAAGAGUGGUAUAGAUCCCAAGCGCCUACGGUUCCGUCAGCACAUGUCCAACGAAAUGGCUCAUUACGCCAAGGACUGUUGGGACGGAGAAUGUAAAACUUCUUACGGCUGGAUAGAAUGUGUGGGGUGUGCAGACCGAUCCUGUUACGAUUUGACCCAACAUACCAAGGGUACCGGGGUAAAACUGGUGGCAGAGAGAAAGUUGUCUGAAGCUAAAACCAUUGAUGUCACAGAGUGUGUACCCAACAUGAAACUCAUGGGAAAAGCCUUCAAGAGAGAUGCCAAAGAUGUUUCCUCCCACCUGACUGGUCUAUCCACAGAGGAUAUAGAUAGUCUAGAAAAAAGUCUCAAAGAAAAUGGGGAAGCUUCUAUAGACGUGAACGGUAAACCAUUUACUGUGAAAUCUGACAUGCUGGAGAUCAAGCGCUACCCAAAGACAGUUCACGUUGAAGAGAUUAUGCCAUCUGUGAUAGAACCAUCAUUCGGAAUUGGACGAGUCAUGUAUUCUAUAUUUGAACACAAUUUUAAGAUAAGAGAAGGAGAUGAACAGAGAACGUACCUGUCUCUACCAGCCCCUAUAGCUCCAUACAAGUGCUCCGUCCUGCCUCUCAGCUCAAAAGCAGAACUACAGCAUUUUGUCAAACAGCUCUCGAUGGCGUUAACGAAAUGUGACAUAUCCCAUAAAGUGGACGACAGUAGUGGUUCCAUCGGUCGGCGAUACGCUCGCACAGACCAGAUCGCCAUCCCUUACGGAAUUACAGUGGACUUUGACACACUGAAGUCGACCCCUCCUAGUGCCACGCUGAGGGACAGGAACUCCAUGAAACAGAUACGAGCCCCUAUUGAAGAGUUACCAGAGAUUGUACGAGACUUGUCUAACGGCCGUAGGACAUGGCACGACGUGUAUAACAACUAUCCAGUCUUUGAACAGCAGGAAAACUGAAUGGACACUUGGCUUUACAAUGGUGUACAGAGCUACUGGACCAACAUCAUUGUCCUCUCAUGGCUCUACUUAAACAUUUAUUUAAUGAUGUCGGGCAGGAAUCAUUCAGCAUAAUGGUGAUGUUUCUAUUUCUACUGGAAUGAAAUUUUUACCUGGACAAAAUGUUUGAAAUUCAGUGGAAUGAUCACCGAUAUCAUUCAAACUUUGAACAAAUGAUUAUGGUGCCAUUAUGUGGUUUGAAUUUUAAUCAGUGAAAAUAGAAAUAGCUACAUAUUAUGGAAAGCUUUAGAACGGGGUAUAGUGGUAUCAUUUUGCAUAGUACCUGUCCUGACACGAUACUGGUUGAGCUUCAGAUUUAAAAGCUAUAGGUGUUGGCCAAUUUGUGAUAUAAAUGUCAUACAAUUUCUGACAGCACAUUUAGACGACUGUUAAAUAAACGCUUUAUACUCCUGUUAAUGAAUAUUUACAAGAUAUUUUACACACUCAUGAAAAGUGCUGAAAUUCUGCUGGAA